GUCGCUAUGCGGCUACAGCGGUUGUGGGCUUCGGUGCGCUGCGCCGUGCUGGGAGUGGUGCACCUGCGGGCGCUGCCAGGGGCACCGCGGCACAGCCUUUCUGUGCCCCAGAUAGUGGAGAAGGCGUGCGAGGAGGCAGCCGUGUACAUGGAGGCCGGCAUCGAUGGAUUGAUUGUGGAGAACAUGCACGACAUUCCCUACAGUCCAAGAGUGGGUCCGGAGGUGACAGCGAUCAUGGCCGCCAUUUGUGUUGCAGUCAGACAGUCUUACCCCAGCCUUCCUCUCGGUGUCCAGAUGCUCUCUGCAGCCAAUCAACAAGCCAUGGCCGUCGCACUGGCCACAGACGCUGAUUUUAUUCGGGCUGAAGGGUUUGUGUUCUCACAAAUUUCAGAUGAAGGGUUUCUAGAUGCAUGUGCUAGCGACCUGCUUAGAUACCGCAAGCAAAUAGGAGCUGAGAACAUUCAAAUCUUUGCUGACAUUAAGAAAAAGCACAGCUCACACGCCCUGACUGCAGACGUUAGUAUAGCAGAGACCGGUAGGGCUGCUGAAUUCUUCCUGGCUGACGGAGUCAUAGUGACCGGAAUAGCCACGGGGCAGGAGACUGAUCCUGCACAGCUGAAAGAGGUUAAAGAAGCUUUGAAGAUUCCCGUGUUGGUUGGCUCAGGUGUGAGCUAUGAAAACAUGGAGCAGUACAUGGCUGCAGACGGCUUCAUCAUUGGUUCACAUUUUAAGAAAGCAGGAUAUUGGGCCAAUGAACUGGACACUGAACGAAUAAAGAAAUUCAUGUCCAAAAUACACCAACUGAGGAAAUGAAAAACAAAUCUGCUCCGACAGCCCGACAGCAGUUUGUUGAAGCAACAUCGAGAUUGCUCCUGUACCUCGACUAAACUAACUUCAUUUUAAUGUUGCCACAAUCAGUAGUCAUCCUUCACUGUGUUCUCAUCGUCUGUAUUAAUUUCAAUGAGUUUGACUUGAAUGCAUGAAGAUUUAAAUCACUCGUAUAUUUUCCUUUGAUUCUAAAAUGGGAUUUACUUGAACUCUGAAAUAAAUAAAAACUAUUGAAAUAAAUAUGACACUGAA